UUUCUUUUGGUGUAAGAUUAUUAUUAACCGAAAUGAUUUUUUUUACUACAAUAUAUAUUUUUUACUCAAAUUUUAAAGUACACAUAUACAUUCGGUUCUAUGAUUAAUUUAAGUGUCGCAUAUAUUGGUUAAUUUUAAGAUUUAAAAGCAUAUUAUUUUUUAGUUGUCUUCCAUAGAAGCGCACGCACUAAGGGAAAUAUUUUAUUUCUCAUAAAAUAAAUUCCAUCAUCUUUGGCAACCCAAUCACGUGUUUCACCACAUCGUGUUUUAUGUUUGGAAUCUGCAUAUACUUCAAUGUUAUAGAAUGAUUUGAAUGCACGAAAAUGCUCUGUAUCAUGUGGAUAAGCUCCAAGCUGUUUGCAGCAAAAUAGAAACUGUGUCUCAGCUACAUGUGAUCGAUGGUGAAGAUCACUCCUUCAAGAUUGGGAAGAAGCACCUUGAGACAACGAGUUUAACACAAGAUCAAGUUGAAGAUGUCGCUCUGCAAGCAAUAGCCGCCUUUGUCUCCAAACCUCUUGCUUGCUGA